GCAGACCAGCGAAGCGACAACCAUGACAUCAGCAAAGCUUGCUUCAGUCUCAGUCUCAGCCAAGGCGGCAGCAGGAUCUGCAGGCGCCUCUGUGCAGGCGGCUAUGAGCAGCGCGACAGGCAGGGCGAGCGAGCAGUCCAGUGUGCGCGGUGGCGGUGGCAGUGGCGGCGGCGGUGGCGGUGGCGGUGGCAGUGGGGCUAUUAACAGUGGUCUUGGCGGAAGCCGCAGCAGGCAGCCAGCCAUGGCGGACAGUGAGGGAGCAGAGAGCAGUUGGGAGACUGGGGAGGAGGCGGAGAGCGAGGAAGGGUCGUCAGCUUCAGGCACGACGGACACGCAGAGGGAAGAGCGGCGGGUGGCUAGGAGGGGCAGGGGAGCAAGUGGAAACGGGGGGAAUCGCAGCGGAGGGCUGUUGAGGCAGGUGCAGCGGUUUGGAGAUGGGUUGACACCGGUGAUGAAGCAGGUGCUGGGCACGGGGGCUUUCAUGCUGGCCAUGGUGGCUCUCUGGCCGCGCUCGCCAAAGCAGAGCCGCGUCCAGCUGGAAACUGAUGGCGAUGGGAAGGUGUGGGUGGUGAGGCCUGGUGAAACUCUCAGCUCCAUCCUCCCUCGUGAAGUUUACUGCAAUCCCAGCUCGGACUUUUUCAAACUCAACCCAGAUGUGUGUGACGUCAACAGAAUCUACUCCGGCCAGCGCCUUGUGCUCCCAUAGUGCCUCCAUGCUCACUCAAGUGGCCUCGCGAUUAUCACCCCCAUGCUCCUGUAACCUUGCACUGAUCACCCCCUGUGCCCGUCGGCCCUCGCUUGCCACACUCGUGCCCUUGUAGCCCCACACCUAUCGCCCUGCGCACUGCCACGUAUCCCCUCAAGCUUCGCGGCUGCUUCACGUAUACUCUCGUCUCAACCCCAGCGAUCGACUCGACGUGUGACAACCAAAUGUCGGUGCCAACUCAUGUUCCUGAGCGUGGUUGGUUGGUCGGCUCCGCGUCACAAGACGCCCCACUCUCAUGCCAUCAGUUCCAUCCAUGUAUUUCACCACCAGGAUUGACCGACCUGACCCCACUGUAUUGCCUUCCAUGGACUCGAAGUUGCCUUUUACAGCUAGGUAGGUCCCCUUCUUCCUCUACAACAGUACUUGUGUUUCUGCAGUCCUGCCUAGGCUGUCAUCUGUGCAUCAAGGUUAGCAAGGAAAGGGUUGUUCAUGAAUACCAGCGCAGGGAGGCAGUGCCAAGCCAAUGUACACUUGUAGCACAUGCACGGUGGUGUACACUGUAUGGCUUUUUAUAUUACCGGUACCCA